UUCAGCCCUCUCCGGAUGUUCUCCAGUAGCGGAGAAACAGUGUGUGAAUGUGGCAACAGGGAGACAGGGAGGGGUAGACCAGACUAGACCAUGGUUUAGCAUUUUUUUCUGAUCCCACCCGCGAUAUAACCAAUUAUUUACAUCCUACCACACGCACCGACCACGUCGGGUAACUUUUCGGAACAGCACGCGUUUCUUUCCUGGGGAUUAAAGCAACCUGAGAGCAACACAGAACAAGAAGAAGAAGCAGAAUAAAGACCAUGGGGCUUUAAGAGGUGUUAAAAACGAUGAUACUUUGCGAGGACUCCUGAAGCUUAUGUAUUUAUUUAUUUAUUUUGACCACCGUUCCCCUUUUUUAUGCCCGCUCCCCCCUUCCACGCCGGGGCGGUUUAGCGAGAGGAGCGCCGGACGCGUAGCGGGCGACACACACGGGGGGAAGGAUGGACCAAGCCUGCAUCCUGAGAAAGUUUAUCGAGGGGGUCACCGCCAUGAGAGAAGGGGACGAGCGGGGAGAGGACAACUUCGGCAGUGACUUCAUGAGGCUUCGCCGGCUGUCCACCAAGUACCGUACGGAGAAGAUCUACCCCACCAACGUAGGAGAGAAGGAGGAGAACGUCAAGAAGAACCGAUACAAGGACAUCCUGCCAUUUGAUCACACCAGGGUGAAGGUGACGUUAAAAACAACCAAUCAGGACACAGAUUACAUCAAUGCCAACUUUAUUAAGGGUAUGGAUGGGCCUGAGGCCUACAUCGCCACACAGGGACCCCUCCCCAACACGGUCAUGGACUUCUGGAGGAUGAACUGGGAGUACAACGUCGCGGUUAUUGUGAUGGCAUGCAGAGAGUUUGAGAUGGGCAGGAAAAAGUGUGAACGGUAUUUUCCGAUGCUGGGGGAGGAGCCGAUGGUUUUCGGGCCCUUCAGAAUCUCGUGUGAAUCAGAACAGACCAGAACAGACUACUUCAUCAGGACCCUGCUGGUGGAGCAUGAAGAGGAGUCGCGGAGGCUGACCCAGUUCCACUACAUGAACUGGCCCGACCACGACGUGCCCUCGUCCUUCGACUCCAUCCUGGACAUGAUCGCCCUGAUGAGGGAGUACCAGGACACGGACGACGUACCCCUGUGCAUACACUGCAGUGCUGGCUGUGGGAGGACAGGUGCCAUCUGCGCCAUCGACUACACGUGGAAUUUGCUCAAAGCUGGGAAGAUUCCAGAAGAUUUCAACGUUUUCCGGUUGAUCCAGGAGAUGAGGACACAGCGGCACUCUGCAGUCCAGACAAAGGAGCAGUAUGAGCUGGUCCAUCGUGCCAUCGCUCAGCUCUUCCAGAAGCAGCUGCUCUUCCUGGAGAGUCCGACCAGCACGCCCGUUCACGACGGCAUGGUCGAGAGCAGUCCGGAUAAGAUCUGCCACCAAUCAGACGAGGAGCGCUGGGACACGCCCCCCCCAAAACCACCUCGGGUUCGCAGCUCCCAGGUGGAAGGGGGGGGGGGAGAUGUGAAGGAGGAGAUCCUGCAGCCCCCUGAGCCCCGGCCGGUGCCCCCCAUCCUCACGCCGUCCCCCCCCUCGGCCUUCCCCACGGUGACCAACGUGCGGCAGGACAACGACCGCUACCAUCCCAAGCCCGUCCUGCACGUCCUGGCCAGCGCUCAGCACAACAUGGCCAAGAACCAAGUCGACGCCCACUCGGCGAGCCGGCCCCCGGACCAGAAGGACCGCCCCAACGCCGACCUCAACGAGAACUACAGCAGCAAGUCGUCAUCGGCGGCGGUGGCGGCGGCGGGCGGGACCCCGACGCCCUCCUCCUCGUCCUCCUCGCCCCUCUCCCCCCCCGCCGCCGAGGGCUCCGGCGUGCCGCGCGUCGAGCGCAAGCUGAGCAUCGAGAUCAAGAAGGUCCCGCUGCAGGAGGGCCCGCGCAGCUUUGACCCGUCGGCCGCCGCCGCCGCCGCCGCCGCGGGCGGGACAGCCGUCACCGCCGGCGCCAACACCAACAGCUCCAUCCUCCAACGCACCCACGCCUUCAAGAGCCGCGGCAGCCAGCCGCUGCUCACCUCCUCCUCCUCCCUCUCGGAGGACUCCGGCGCCGAGGGGGGCGGAGCUGGAGGAGGAGGAGGCGGAGCUGGAGGAGGGGGAGGAGGGGGGGGCAGCAGGGGCCUCCCGACCAGACCCAAUCACCUCCCUCUGGCGGGCGGGGAGAAGGAGGAGGCGCGGGGAGGGGGGGCGGAGUCCAAGCUGGGCCACGCCCCCUGGAGCAGCAGCCCCGAGAAGCACCUCCCCAAGAGCGCCACCUCCACCUCCUCUUCCUCCUCCUCCUCGGAGCGGCCCGCCCCCUCCUCCUCUUCCUCCUCCUCCUCGGAGCGGCCCGCCCCCUCCUCCUCCUCCUCCUCCUCCACCACCCCGGUCAGGACAGCGCUGUGCUUCACCAACCCGCUGCACUCGGACAACUCGGACGAGGACGGCGACGGGGAGAUGGGCGGGGCCAGGGAGACGGGCCCCCACCCGCGGUCCAGCAUCUCCACGGCGACGGCCACGGUGACGGCCGCCCCGCAUCACACGGACCAGCCGCCCGCCAGGAAGGUGCUGCCGCUGUCCAUCGCUGGGCAGCUCAGCCCCGCCCCCACCAGCACCGCCGCAAGUAGGUCCACCCCCCACCCCGACCCCGACCCCGACCCUGACCCCGACCCUGACCCUGACCCCGACCCUGACCCUGACCCCCACCCCGACCCCGACCCCCACCCCCACCCUGACCCCCACCCCGACCCUGACCCUGACCCCGACCCCACCACCCCACCCCGACCCCGACCCUGACCCCCACCCCGACCC